CGCUUGAUUCCUCCAAUCAGAGACCACCCGCACGCUGCUGCGUUCUGUUUGCCGUGGAGGCUGCUGGGAGCUGAUAUUUAUCCCGGGGCUCAGCCGAGCGCUGCGGGCAGUUGAGUGAUCGCAGGGAGAGGAUCGGGCUGGGCCACAGACACAAUGGACGAGGGGGACAACAGGAGCACGAACCAGCUGGUAAGACACGGCCUGGGGGGGCCUGGGCUCACACUGUGCGAGGUGUCAUGCCGGGGGUGGGCUGACUGUGUUUGGGGUCUCAGCCAGACACCUUGCAGGGCCUGCUGUCAUAUACUGCAUUAAUACCCAGUGUGAGAAUAUAUAUCAUAUAAAUAAACAGAGCUCACAUCCCUCUAACUGGGACUGGGGCAGGACAGUGUGUUAUUUAUCUCACAAUCUCUGUCAGCAUUCAUUAAUUCCAGUUUAACCCCAUAAGGACCAAAAUUCUGGAAUAAAAGGGAAUCAUGACAUGUCACGUGUCCUUAAGGGGUUAAAAUAAAACACCCCCCCUUCACAGCCCCCAAUGAUGUUGAUGAGGGAUAUCAAGCUAAUACACCCUUGGUUUUUGCUGCACUAUAAAUCCUGUGAUGCUGUGCCAGUCUUAAAGAUGGCAAGGCCUUGUGGGGGUUAUAGUUCUGCUCCCUAAUGGCCACCCGUGAUGGAGGUGGAUUAUUUAUUUUUGGUAAAUAUAUUUGUAUCUUUCUUUUUUUUUUUUACUGUCUUAUGUUGUUGUUUGUAAAAUAUAUAUGUGUCAAAAGCUUGAUCAUACAUCAGCUCUUGGACAUAUGGCAUCCAUUACAUUUGGAAGCUGCCAAAUAUUUCGUUGUAACUUGGAAAUUUGCUGAUUAAAAAAAAAAAAAGUCUGCUACAGAAGUUAACUGGUAUACACUGAAAUAAUACAGCCAACAUCAUCAUUAUUAUUUUGAUAAAGAGCAAAACCCUCAUGUGAUUUGUGAUAGAUGGUGGGGGUUGUAUUGCUAGGCAUAUCAUUAUGAUGAAGAUCGUCUUCUACAGAUUCCCAAAACAUUGAUUUUUAUUUCAGUUAGUGACUGUGGUCUCUUUAUGAUUAAUGUGUUUCCUCUGUCUAUAAUAUAGAGUAGUGUGCAUGACUUGCGUCUGUAGUGACAGGCCUUGAAAAGGGAGGUGUCUUUUAUUAGGUAACUACUGCCAUCUUUAUGCCGUCUAGCUUUCAGCAGGUUUGCUAGGGAAGUGAAGUCAAAACAAAUACUUCCUGUGGUUCAUGUGUUAAAUACAACACAAUGUGUUGCAGAUAGUGUCGCAAAAGGAAUACAAAUUAAAACAAUGGAUAUACCAUGUUUCAUUUAUAAGAUUUAUUUAUUUUUUUAAUCGUACUAGAUGGAAUUGUGUGUGUGUAUAUAUUUUCCCAUAAUGCAUCUAACAUUAUAAGAACAGUCUACAGAAUCUCAUACAAUUGCCAGUGGGUCAUCAAUCAUUACUGUUUACAUGACAAUGUGAAAACCCUUUGCUAAAUUCGUGAAGAAUGCUUUAAAUGGCUUUGCACUGUUUCAAAACCCUUGUGAACUCUAGAGUCGCAAUGUCUCCUUUGGAGACUAUUGCAAAUCGCUGCAAUAUGAAAGGAAGCCAGGCAUGGCUUUUUAUGCUGUAGUCUGUCUUAGCAGGGUCCUUCUUGUCUAUUGUUUCUGUAUUCCUAAAUUUGUUUGUCAUCUUGUACGUUUAUGACUUGUGUACAGUUGGUACAGCACAGAGAAUUGGAUGUCUGUUCAAUGCAAUGAAUACUGUAUAUUGUCCUCACAGGCUUAACUCUUUCAGUGCUCUGAACAAUGCAUUGCAUCACAUUUGAAAGCAGUAAUGCCAUAAAAGAUUUCAUUACAUCAACUUGUUUAUUAGAAUAUUACAGACAACUUAAUUUUUCAUCUUAUCGCGCUUUAAGUGCAUCUCUAAUUAUCAUUAGAUGAUUCAUCCCCACCCUAAUUAGCCCAUAUACCUGACAGUAGGGUUGCCAAUUGGACAAUAUUAGCUCUUCUUUUCCAGACCUAUCCUCCUCUUUGAUAAUCUUCGUUGCUCCAUGCAACAAAAACCUAAGGACCAAGUAACACAAUGCAUAAAGAGGUGACACUUCAGCCCAAGAGUGACUUAUUCUCUUCCAAAGGAACCUAAGCAUGACUUGCAACAUAGAGGACUGUAGAGCUGAUUAAUCUAAUUAAUGCAACAGUGCUUCCUGAAGUCACACUAGAUUACAUGAUGGAUGAGUAGGAUAGAAAAGGAUGUAGAUUAAUGCAUAACUGCAAGCACCAUAACCACUUUGGUGCCCCUAGCCCCAAUUGCAAGUAGUCAGACUGUUUAAGAGCCGCUCCCAGCAUCCACUACGAACGCUGGAGGGCCAGAAACGUUUGUUAGCUCUCAUGAGCUAAGUCUGCAACAACUCCGUAAAUUAAUAGAUAAAAAUAAUUAAUUUGGGUGGGGAUCAGCUUUGUACUAGACUUCGUUACAUUAUAAAUCUAUGACAUUCUAGAGAUGCAUGCUAGAUAAGUGUAAACCGCUCUUACUUGCCAUAUUCCAGUACAAUCCUCUUAGGUUUUCUGUAACAUUUCAUUUAUUAGAAAAUAUUUAUAUAUUACUAACCACAUUCCACAGAAAUAUCUCAAGUGUUCUGAUAUUGUAGUACCAGACACACAUGCUUCGUAUAUCUGCGUGCAAGGACUAGCUUUGUAUAUUUGGGAUUGUUCAGCUGAUCUUUUGGCUUUAACGAAGUGUAUAUUAAUAAUUUUAAACUAAGGGAUUCCGAUUUGGGCUCCUUGGAUUGCAAAAGCUUUUAAAAAUAAUAUAUCUGAAUGACACCAUUCUUUGUUCACGGCUGUACCAGUUUCAAUGUGGUUUCUUGUUUGUUUAGGCCCAUAAUAUCUUGAGAUACCGCACAGGAAGUAUCCAUAAAAGCACAGGUUUAUUAGUCAUAAAUAAAUCAACAUGUAGCAGACUGAAUCAUCUCACAGAUCCCACAUUAUUGUGUAUAUCCAAUAAGAUAAAAUGCAAAGCAAACAGCCACCAGUACCUGUAUCUGUGGGGUUUAGAGAGGGGAGACUAGAUAAAAUGCUGAUGAGCUGGAUGAAGACAUCCUAAGGCAGCAUUUCCCAAUUGGUGUUUGUGAAACAAAAUGGCUGCGAGGGAGCAUUUCCCCAGCUCAGCUCCCUCGUGUGCACAGCAGUGAUGCCGGAGCUGGAAUAUGAUGUCACUCCGGCAUCACUAAGAGGCGCGCGAGGGAGCUGAGCUAGAAAAUCCCUGCACGGCAGCCCCACUGCAUGCCAGCCGCUCAGCAGCCCCACUAGACAAAUGGAGGUCAUUUUAGUUACUCCAAUGGCCAUUGGAGGGAAUGCCCGUCUGCCAACGUAAAGGCAGACCCCCCUAAGCGGGUCCUACACUGACCCUUCACCUUGCUUCCUUGAGCUUCUGGCAAAGAGAUCUCCACUGAGACAGAGAGGGGUGUUUUUUUAUAUACACCCCUAUAUACUUAUUAACCAUUAAUAGGGAACACAUGGGAUGGGCGGCUGCAUUGUAACAAAGCUGUGUGAUACAAAAAGUGAAUACAAAUACAGAAAGAUAAGUCCUGCGCUCACUCCCAUCACUCCUGGGCGGGAGCAAUGACCACAGUACACAUCAGCCCCAAUAUAUAGUUAAAAACCAAAGCGAAAAAGUUACCUGCGCUCUCCUUACUCCUUAUGUAUAUUUAGACAAAUGGAGGUAAUUUAGUUACUCCAAUGGCCAUUGGAGGGAAUGCCCGCCUGCCAACGUCAAGGCAGACCCCCCUAAGCGGGUCCCCCCUAAGGUUUGUGUCACUGUGUGUAUAUAUGUGUAUAUAUAUGUAUGUAUAUAUAUAUGUGUGUGUGUGUGUGUGUGUGUGUGUGUGUGUGUGUGUGUGUGUGUGUAUAUAUAUAUAUAUUUUAUAUGUGUGUUUGUAUGUGCCUAUGUGUGUGUACAUGACUGUGUGUAUCUGAAUGUAUGUAUGUAUCUGUGUGUCAGAUACACACACAAACACAGAUACAUACAUACAUACAUACAUACAUACAUACACACACACACACACACACACACACACGGUUUCAAGGUGUGUGUAUAUCUGUGUGCUGCUAUGUGCCAGGGUUUGUGUAUCUGUGUGUCACACACACACACCGGCACAUACAAAAACCGGCAGUUUGUUAUAUUUUACUGAGGGAGGGGAAGGUUCCACGAUGUUGAUACACUGUCAAAGGGUCCCACGGGAAAAAUGAAUUGGGAACCCCUGUCCUAAGGGGCUGAACAUGUUUCACGUUUCUUGUUUGUUUAGAAUAUCUGAUUUUGCUGUGUAAGCCUUAAAUAGCUGGUGAACAUUUUAUUGUAGAUCUCGAAGUAUUGCUUAUUUAUAUUAAAUAAAUCUAAGACACUGAUGCAGUCCUUCAGUGUGCUGGGCCCAGGCAGCAAUCAGGUUAAUGUUAGACGUGGGACAUUCCUGGGAGUGCCUCCAGUUUAUUUAAAAAAAAAACUGCUAUGUUGAUAAGAAGGAAAAAUGCAAAUACAUUGCCAGUUUGUGGCUUACAUUAAUUCUUAAUCUGAAACCAUUGUAGCAUUGGUACUGCUUGUGAUCUGUAGCCAGUGCCGAUGUCCUGUAGCUGGGUAUGAAAAGCCACAAAAUGACCCCUGUGUAAUUUGGUAAUCAAAUGUAUUCCAGAAUGAGUUGGUUUCUGGUUUUUGGAUCCAUCUAUGGUACAGACAUUUUCUGUCAAAGUCUCUAGAAGAAAAAUAAAAGGAAUGGUAUAGGCCCAGAAUUAGGGUUAAGGCAUAGGGUAUGAAAUCAGAAGCACAAAUGAAAGGAAAACACCAGGCAAAUACCAGGGGGUUAUAUAAGAACUGAUUUUGUUUAUAUACCAUUAGAAAUACAUAGUUUACAUUACAGCUUAGGUACACCUCCACUAGCCACUCCUCAGAUGACUGCUAGAAGUGAUUCCUGGGGCAGUGCUGCACACUUAAGUACUGCCAUUCAGUGUCUCCACACUCUGCAUGCAGACACUGAACUUUUCUCAUGGAGAUGCAUUGAUACAAUGCAUCCCAAUGAGGAGAUGCAAAAUGGCAAUUGCUGUGUUUGGCUUGUGCUGGUUCUGCCCCUGAUCUGCCUGUUUGACAGUCUCAGCCAAUCCUAUGGGGGAAGCAUUGUGAUUGGCUCACAGAAUCACUUCUGAUGAUGUCCGCUGUAAGCAGGGCAGAGGCAGAAGCUGCAAACCUGACUACAAGUAAGAUUUUACUAUAUUUAGAGAGGCCCGAGGGAUAGACGGUUAAACACAAUAGGGUCAGGAAUACAUGUUUGUGUUCCUGACCCUAUAGUGUUUAAUCACCAAUGGUUGGAGAACAAAUUCAAUAGAUCUUCAGAAUGAGACUGUUCUUUAGGUGGCCCCUCACUUAAAGGGACACUAUAGUCACCAGAACAACUACAGCUUAUUGAAUUUGCUCUGGUGAGUAGAAUCAUUUACCUUCAGGAUUUUUGCUAUAAACACUAUCUUUUCAGAGAAAAUGUAGUGUUUAUAUUACAGUCUAGUGAUAACUUAACUGGCCACUCCUCAGACGGUUGUUAGAGGGCCUUCCUGGUUCAUGGCUGCCUAAAAUGCAUCCAAACAUUCAGUGUCUCCUCCCUCUGUAUGCCGACACUGAACUUUCUUCAUAGAGAUUCAUUGAUUCAAUUCAUCUCUAUGAGGAGAUGCUGAUUGGCCAGGGCUGUGUUUGAAUUGUGCUGGCUCUGCCUCUUUGUCAGUCUCCGCCAAUCCUAUGGGGAAGCAUUGUAAUUGGAUCAGAAUACCACUUCUGCUGAUGUCACCAGGCAGUGGGCAGGUCUAAAAGGAAACAGGCACAAAGUAAGCAGCUGCAGACUUGAAUACAAGUAAGUUUUGCUAUUUUUAGGGAGGCAUGAGGGGACCAGGGGGGCACGAUGGUGGUUUUAACCCUAUAGGGUCAGGAAUACAUGUUUGUGUUCCUGACCCUAUAGUGAUCCUUUAACUUUUUCCGAUUGUUUCCUCUUCAUUCCUUGUGCAGAAUCUGUUCUUAAUUUCUGAUCUAUUUCUAACCCCUUAAGGACACAUGACGUGUGACAUGUCAUGAUUCCCUUUUAUUCAAGAAGUUUGGUCCUUAAGGGGUUAAAUGCAGGGGCUACUUUACUGCUACGAUGUUUUACUUUAUCCCAUUUUAUUUUCCCUACGCCUGACCAAUCUUGACAAAGGGUGGAGCUUAUGGCAAGCUCCACUAUCUUGAUAAAGGAAGUGAACUAGUCUUAUGCCUUAAGCUCCGUCCUUUAUUACAAUAUGUCAGGGGUAGGAAAAUUGCAUAAAACAAAGUAGUCUCCCUACAUUGUCUUAUGUUUUCAAACAGAAAUAGAUCAGAAAAGAAGAAAAGAUUCUGAAAGAGGAAGAGAUGAGAUGAAAGGGAAGUUUGAGGUGACACAGACAUUUUAAGAUCUUGUUCUGAACUUAGUAUUUUUAUUUAUAACUCUUUUGCUGUAAACAAGUGCAUGUUAUCUCUGCAGUCACAGGUUUGAUUAACUUGGAUUAAAAUAAUUCCCCAGUCACCAUAAAAACUUCUAAAUUACCUUCUUUAUGAAUGGGGAGCUACUUGCUGAGUGUCUGCUAUAGCCAUGUAGCGACACUCCAUGCUUCUUAUAACUCAGAUUCAAGAUUGACGCUCUCAGCCUAGGAUGCAGGACCAGCUGUGGAGACAGGAGCACUGCUGGGACAAAAUACCUUUUUUACUCCUUAACAGGGAAGUGAGGGAUCACUAUAAAAAAUAAAUAGAAAUAUUUAUAUCUCUACUAUGUAUAAUUUUUUUUGUUUUUUUUUUUCAAAUUUGUAUUUUAUUAUAUCUUCAAUAUGUGGUCAGGGGUACAGAAGGAAAAAAGGGUAUGUUAGCGGGGGGAUACAGGGUUACAGUAUUUGACAUAAACAUCGCGUUCACAGAAUUUGCGGAACCUGGGUGAGUACAUGGGGGGAUUGGUACAUGCAUGCAUUUUGUCAUAGUAACUUAAGUACAUGUGUAGGCUGUUAAUUCGUUGGGUGGUAUACGCUAUCGCCUAAGUGUCCAUGCGGUUGGCUCAGGGUGGGAGCUAUACCAGUGAAUCCUCUCGUAGCCAUGGUUGUGUGCAUGAAUAGUCUGCUCAGUCGACAUAGUUAUGAUUGUAGGCUGUAUAGCCUAUGAUGGUUCGUGCACUAGUUAGUCCCAGGUGUGCGGGUUAGGAAGUACCGGAGUUAUGCCUCAUUUUGAUGAGUAUGUUGGUGUAUCAGUAGGUAGCCCUAGUGGUAGGGUGCAAACUUGGUAGGGGACGGGGGGGGAAAGGCCAGUAGGGCCCGGAGGAGGGGGCGGGGGUGAAGAAGGGGAGUAGGGGAGUGAUGGAGAGUACUGAUAGAAUGUGGUAUAAGCAUUGUUCAUGUCCUGUAUGAGUCUUGCCCUCAUUGGAGAACAGGGUCUGGCCCGGGUAUACCUCCCUCCUUGUCCACCGCCCCCUCCCAAUUCCCCCAACCCAUAUCGAAUGCCAGUUUUUUGGGGGGGGAUAUUAUUGCCAUUCUUUCGUAGGUUUUGUAUUGGGUGAGUUUGGUUUGAAGUUGGGCUAAGGAUGGGCAGGUCUGUGAUUUCCAAUGUAGUGCUAGCAAGUUUCUUGCCGCCAGUAUUGUAAGGGCUGCAAUCUGUUUUUGUAUUAGGGUGAGGUUAGUUGGGAGUAGGAGCAGGAGGCAUGAUUUUUUUGACAGUUGGAAUUUAGGGAUGUGAAGUUGGUCUAGUGUCUGUGAUACAGCGGUCCAAAGUGGUUGGAUACUACCGCAAGACCACCAUAAGUGUUCCAAGGUCCCUGCAGUUGCGUUGCACCGCCAGCAAGUGUUGGGCGUAUUGGGGUAUAUACGGUGGAGUCUCUGUGGUGUCAUAUACCAACGGUAGAGGAGUUUUUUGUGGGCCUCGAUAUGUGUGUAGCACUUGGUCCAUUUAGAGAGACCGUUGAGGGCGCGUAGCCAGUCGUAGUCUCAGUGCUGUCCCGCAGUCUGUCUCCCAGUGGAGUUUGUAGGGGUGUGAUGUGGGUGUUGAGAGUUCCUGCCAUGCCUUGUAACAUAGUGUGAGUGCUUUGGGUUUUGUGGGUGCCACCCAACAUCUGUCUAGGAGUAAGUGGGAGGCGAGUCUAGUCGCAGUUGGCGUUGGAUGUAUUGGGGGUGUGUGUGUUUGAAUCACGCUUUUUAGUUGUAGAUAGGAAAAGAUAGCCCUGUUUGGGAGUUGCCACUUCGUUUGUAGUAUUGGUAAUGGUAGUACGCCUUUGGCGUCCAAUAGCUGUGAUAUUGUUGCCACUCCCGCCGCAUUCCAGUCUUUGAGGGGAAUGUUAGGUACUAUUAUUCUCAGGACUGAGAGUGGAGAUUUUGUGUGUAGUGUAUCCUUAUGACCUAUUGUCUCCAUAAAGGUGUCCCAUAUGGAUAUUGUAAGUUGUGUGGUUGGGAACAGGUCUGUGCGCUUAAUUCUAAACUUCCUUGGUGUCCAUAGGUAGUCGGUUAGAGACAUGCUUGCAAAUUGUGCUCUUUCCAUGUCUACCCAUUGUAGUGUGCCUGAUGUGGCAUGAAGGAGUAUGCCUGUGGAGAGGAUCGCUGCUCUAUGGUAUUGUCUCAGGUUUGGGAGACCCACUCCUCCAUGUCGUGGGGCAGUCUGAAGGAGUGCUAGGGACACCCGGGGUCUUUUCCCGCUCCAAAUAUACGCGCUACAUAAUUUUUGUAGUGCCUUACAAAAUUGGGGCGUGAUCCCUAAUGGUAUCAUCCUAAAGAUAUAAAGGAUACGUGGGAGGAUCAUCAUUUUGUACGUGUUAAUUCUUCCCAACCAUGAGAUUUUUGCGUGUUUCCAUCUGUUCAUUUCCGCUUUACAUAGUGUAAUUAGAGGUUUGUAGUUUAGUUGUGAAGUGGCAGAAAUCGUGGGCGCUAUCUUUAUUCCCAGGUAUGUGAGGGAGUGUGAUUUCCAGUCGAACUGGUAUGAGGUCUGGAGUGUGUCUAACAAGGGUUUGGGCAAGUUUAUUGGUAGAGCUUGGGUUUUGUCUUGGUUGAGGCGGUAGUAAGAAAUAUUGCCAAAUUCCUGUAGGAGGUUCAACAGGGGGGGCAGAGAAUUUUGUGGAUCCGACAAUGCUAUAAAUAUGUCGUCGGCAAACAAAGCUAGGCUGUACAUUUUGUUGCGGAUAUUGACUCCUAGUAUCUCGGGGUGUGUUUGGAUCUUUUGUGCCAGGGGUUCUAGAGCAAGUAUGUACAGUAGGGGCGAUAAAGGGCAUCCCUGGCGGGUGCCAUUGGUGAUGGAGAAUGCCGUAGAGAGGAACCCUCCAUGCGAUACUUUUGCUGCUGGACGGUGGUAUAAAGCCAUGAUGCUAUUUAUGGUAGAUUCUGGAAAGUUAAAUUGUGCCAGUACUUUUGUCAUAUAGGCCCAAUUUAGACGAUCAAAGGCCUUCUCCGCGUCUAGGGCGAGGAGGAGGCCUGAUGAUCUGUUGGACUCCAGUGUGGAGAUCAUGUUUAAUAUUUUUCUGGUGUUGUCUGAGCCUUGGCGGCCCCUGAUGAACCCAGAUUGGUCAUUGUGGAUUAUUUUAUGCAGGAGGGGGGCGAGACGGUUGCUGAGGAGCUUCGCGUAUAGCUUGGCAUCUCCAUUUAGGAGGGAUAUAGGCCGGAAGUUUUUGCAUUGUGUAGGGGGUUUGCCUGGUUUGGGAAGAGUGGAGAUAUGUGCCAAGAGCAUUUCUUCUGGGAGCGCACCUGUUGUAGCGCAUUUGUUAACUAAUUGGAGGAGCAGUGGUGCUAUGGUUGGUGAGAAAGUUUUAUAGUAUUCAUUUGUUAAGCCAUCAGGGCCCGGUGAUUUGUGUGCUGGGAGUUGAGAGAUGGCUUCCGUGAGUUCGUCUAGAGAGAAGGGUCUUGUUAGGGGUGCUAGGUCGUCUUCUGUCAGUUUGGGGAGAUCUAAGGCAGCUAGAAAGUCAUCUAUUGUGUCUGGGGUCGGUAUGUGUACCUUGGGGUCCCGGUUGAGGUUGUAUAAUUCGCCGUAGUAUUGAGCGAAUUGGUCUACAAUAUUUUGGGGGUUCGUUACUUUUAUGCCCUUGGGGUUGUUUAGGAAGGCGAUUCUGGAGGCGACAUUCCUCUUUUUCAGUUGUGAUGCCAAUAGUGCACCAGCUUUGUUGCCACUCGUAAAGAAAUUGUUUCAAUUUCCUGAGUAGGUAAGUUGUUUUGGCUAGCUCAAUGUUGUUCAGUUUGUUGUGGAGGGCUAAGAGUUUUGUUUUUGUGGUUGGUUUUGGGUCUCUUUUGUUUGAAUGUGUUAGAGUUCGGAUUUCUUCCAAGAGAUUGGUGUAUUCGGCCAUUCUCUGCUUUUUAGCAUAGCUGGCAUGUUUUAUAAAACUGCCUCGUAUGACCGCCUUAUGUGCUAGCCAAAUGUGUUCGAUUGCAGAGUCAGCGGUCGUGUUUUCUGCUAUAUAGUGUUGUAGAUCUGUCGUGAUCUGGGAUACUAUUGCUGGGUCUGCUAAAAGAGAUUCAUUAAGUCUCCAGGAGCCAGAUCCUUUAUUGUUAAACGCUUCUGUAAUGCUAAGUGUAAUGGGAGCAUGGUCUGACCACGUCAUUACCCCAAUUGUUGCUCCUUCUAUUUGGGCCAUCAACGUGGUGGGUAUGUGGAAUCUAUCUAUCCGAGAAUAGCUGUUGUGGGCUGCUGUAUAGCAUGUGUGAUCUAUAUCUGUGGGAUGUAGAAUGCGCCAUGGGUCUACCAUGCGAGCUGCAGUCAGUGUGGAGCAUAUUUUUGUGGUUAACGUGGUUCUGUGUCUGAGUGUGCAAUUCUUGAUUUGGGCUGUGGUGGAGGAGUCUAAUCUGCUAUCUAAUAGGCAGUUCAUGUCGCCUCCAAUAAUCACCUCCCCGUGUCUAUACAUAUCAGUUAGAGCUAAGAUCAUUUGCAAGAACUCGUUUUGGUUUUCGUUAGGGCUAUAUACAUUAAUCAGAGUAUACGGUGCAUUAUUCAACAUACAUUGUAAAAUUAAAUAUCGACCUUUUUUGUCACAUAUUUUCCUAACUAAGGAGAAGGCCACAUCUUUGCUGAUCAUUGUGGAGACUCCUCUUUUCUUCGCUGAAUAACAUGUAUGAAAGUCGUGAGGGUACCAUUUUGAGGUAAAUUUGGGUCUAGAGUUCCAUUUAAAAUGGGUCUCUUGGAAAAAUGCCACUUGUGCCCCACAUUUUUUCGCCUCUUACAAGGCUAGCCUCCGUUUAUUAGGGGAGUUAAGCCCUUUGGCGUUUAGGGACAUAAGCUUAAUCACCAUCUUUCCAGCGUGGUGGAUGCUGUGGCAGGGGUUUGUGUUUCUUAAUCGAGCUAUUGGUUACUUUAGCUCGGCGGUCUCGAAGGAAACCUGUGGGGUUUGUAUACUUGGGGGAUCUAGGUAGUUUGCAACCGUGUGUAUUAGUUAUGCUGAGUUUGCGGAGUACUCUCAGUGGGGGGGUGGUGUGGAGGAGAUAGGGAGAACAGGGGGAGAAACUAUAUACAAAAUUCCGUAAGUCACGGUUUGGUGACAUUUGGUUGCCUAAAGCAACGGAAAAGUUGGAUUACUAGAACCUCGGGGGUGUACCACACUGAUGUGGUAACUGGAUCCCUAUGUGUAGGGUAUCAACAAUAACUUGGGUCGAAUGUAGUGCCGUCGGGUAUUGCUCACCCGUUGCGGCUAGGCCUGUGGCCUUUGGUUAAACCCUUAAUGGGUAUCUUAGGUGAACUUGCAUUAUAACAUUUAACAAAACAGUAUAAACCUGUACGUUCAGUUCAUUCAGUGGGAGGCAUGAUGCGGCUCUGGCCCCGGAUCAUUCAGGUCGGUGACUUGUUCGAGUCCAUGCGUGCCUGUGGGGCCCUGUGGAUUCGUGACCAGUCUUUGGACAACGCCUUUGGUGCAUGGGCCGGUGUUUGUUUCUUCCUGGGGCUAGUAGGUAGGAGGGGUAUAUUCCAUUCUUGCAGCGCCUUUUUGCCGUCUUCUGGAGUCAGGAUAGGCUUGUCCACGCCAUUUCUUUUAAUUAGUAGCUUCGUAGGAAAGCCCCACUUGUAGGAGAUAUCUGCGUUACGCAGUGCUUCUGUGAUCGGUGCGAAGGCUCGGCGUUUGAGCAUGGUCGCUGAGGAGAGAUCAGUGAACAGCUUGAUAUCUUUAUACAAUUCUGGCCAUUUGGUUAUGGUUCUGGAAGUCUGCAUAAUUCUGUCCUUGACAGUGAAGUGGUGUACUCUCGUGAUCGUGUCUCUUGCAGUGUCUGGUGGGAGAUGCUUGGGUUUCGGUAGUCUGUGGGUCCUGUCCAGGAUCAAGUCGAAUUCAGACAAAGAGGGGAUCAGAGUUUUAAACAGGUCUUUGACAUACCUGGAUAGGUCUUGUUGUGAAAUGGCCUCUGGUAUACCCCUUAUACGGAUAUUAUUCCGUCUGCUCCUGUCUUCUUGAUCGGCCACCUUCUCUUCUAAGGAUUUAAGUUUGCGCUCCAAGUCUGUGUAGGCCUCUGUUAUUGUGUUAUGUGCCUCCACCAGCUCGUCUGCCCUGUCUUCCAGGCGUGCGGUGCGCUCUCCCAUACUCUGUAUGUCUGCCUUGAUGUCAGCGGUCAUCUGAAGGAGGUCAGCCUUAAAUGAGGUGUGGAGCUCCUGCAUAAUUAGCCUGAUUGAGGCAUCUGUUGCAGGAUUGCUGUGCUCUGACAGGCAGUCUCCUGUGUCAGUGCUGUGUGCAGGCGAGUGCCGUCCGUCGGCGCCAUCUUGGAUUUUCGGCUCCGCGGUUUGUGACCGUUCUAAGUGGGGAUUGAGGGUUUUUUGUUUAAAUUUUUUGGUCGCCAUCAGGGAUAGGGGUGUUCACCUGAGUGUGCAGAGGUUUAUCGCUCGUUUCUAGGGGUUUUCCACGCUGUUGAAGCCGCUUUAUUGCCGCGGGUCGGGAGAGCACCGUUCCUGCACGUCCGCUCACAUGCGCGGUCAGGACACGCCCCCCCAUUUUUUUUGUUUUUUAUUUAUCCACCCUGUUGUUUGCUAGUCUAGGCUCCGGCCCUCCAGAUGUUACUGAACUACAACUCCAAUGAUUCUAUGAAUAAAAUAGGCUGAGAACCAUGGGAGUUGUAGUUAAGCAACAUCUAGGGGGCCGGCGUUUGGGGAAGCCCUAGCCCGUGACUUCUACUAUGCAACACAUUACUGCUUCCUGGGUUGGUUUGAGAAUUCAGAAUAUUUUCCUUGACCUGCUUAUUGUUGCAAGGGUGCAUACCUGUUCAGCUUUCAUUGGAAAUGGAUUCCACUUACUUCUCCCUUUCAGUCCCACUAGGUGUUCAGUGUCACAGUCUAAAGUAUGAUGUGACUUCAUGUCCUGUCACCCUGACUCCUCUCCGCAUGUGCACCUAUCCUAUUGUUUCUGUCACCAUGUAAUGCAUAAUCUGCUUGCUUCCUGCGUUAGACCUGAGCCCAGCAUUGCAUGCCUGAAUGUUGACCGACUAAGGAUUACAUCUGAAAAGGUCUUGCUGGUAGUGUCAGGUUGCAGUUUGCCUGUUUUCCCACCGUGUUGCACUAUCUCUUGUCGAACUAAAAUCUGUUUUGAAGUAUAUUGCCCCUUUUAUUAAUUUCUCGAACAUUUAAUCCACUUAAUUCAUAAUUUAAAAAGUCCCCCUUCCCAUUGUGGCUUUGUUAAUUAAGAUCACUGCUGCAUGCUAAGAUUACGGUAAGCAAGCACAACAUGCCCACCACCAAAAAAGAAAGAUGGCAGUGUUGUCAUGGCGAUCUGUUUGUAUUUGAGACAACUUUGAAUUACACAGAGCUGUCUAUGUGGAAGAAGAGACAUGAGAUAAAACGUGGCAUCUGAUAACUCAUGAGGAAUGAUUCAGACUACUCCGUUUAAAGGGACACUGUAAAGGCCAAAACCUCUACAGCGUCUGAGAAAAGGUAUUGUUUACUUUGCUUUCUAAGAUUUCGUUAAUGGCUGUCACUCAGAAAGCUACUAGAGGGGUUUUCUGGUGGAGGAGAUGCUGAUUAACGCGAAUGAUCUCAGCCAGGCAAGAAGCGCAGGUGGCGGCAAGACAAAAGCUACAGGGGUCUUAAAUUGAACCUGCUAUGAGUAAUUUAACUUCCUUGUAAUCGCUCCCAUAUACAUUGAGUACACCGUAUGUCACAAAGAUGCAUGUUGUAUUCAAUGUAAAAUAUAAAGAUUUACUCCCUUUCAGUGCUGCUUCAUGGGUGUUGCUCUUUGUGUAACUCCCACCUCCUGACUGUCCUGCACUCCGCCUCAGUACUUCUUUGAUUUGCCCUGCUUGGGACCCAUCCCCAAGCAGGCCAAAUCUCAUCAGUGACGUCGGCAUGCUGGCUUUGUUGCUGGUGUCGUAACGGAGUGACGUCCCGUCACUGUGUUCAUAUACUCGGUAGCAAGCGCUUGCUAGUUGGUUUCCUUGGCAACCGCAGCGCCUUCUCCAGGGGGAGGUCUUUUCUGCUCUCUCGUCAGUAAUUACCUCUCUCAGAAAGCCAAUGCAUUGACUGACAACUGGGAGAAAAAUCUAAAUCUUGUUUCUCCUAAUCUAUACAUUUAGGAUUUCAUACAAAACUGCUAGCACAAUGUUUAAAAUCUUAUGCGCAGUCAAAUAAAUUGUUUGGAGCAUGACACAUGCUUUAAAGGGACACUAUAGUCACCAGAACAACUACAGCUUAUUGCAUUUGUUCUGGUGAGUAUAAUCAUUACCUUCAGGCUUUUUGCUGUAAACACUGUCUUUUCAGAGAAAAUGCAAUGUUUACAUUACAGCCUAGGAAUAUCUUCACCUCUCCUCAAAUUACUUUUAGAGGUGCUUCCUGGGGCAAUGCUCCACACUGUGCAGUACUGCUAUUCAGUGUCUCAACCCUCUGGAUCCAGACACUGAACUUUCCUCAUAGAGAUGCAUUGAUUCAAUACAUCUCUAUUAGGAGAUGCUGAUUUGGCAAGGGCUGUGUUUGGCUUGUACUGGCUCUGCCCCUGAUCUGCCUCCUUAACAAGCUCAGACAAUCCUAUGGGGAAGCAUUGUGAUUGGCUGAGAGCAUCACUUCUGAUGAUCUCACCUGUAAGCAGCAGCUGCAGACUUGAAUACAAGUAAGAUUUUUUUUUUUUUUUUAAACUAUCUUUAGGGAGGCAAGGGGGCCCAGGGGAGGCUAGAUGGUGGUUUUAACACUAUAGGGUCAUAAAUACAUGUUUGUGUUCUUGACCCAAUAGUGUUCCUUUAAUGUAAGAAAGCUUUAUUUUAUUCAAGGGGAGCCCUUAUUCUAAAUAGUUAGUAUGACACUCUAACAUUAGGAAUAUAAAUAUGUAUUCCUAAUGUUAGUGUUUCUUUAGUAUAUUGUCCUAUGCUUUAACAGUAACAGUCCAUCUUUUUUUUCAAAGAAAAGUAAAAUAAAUAUAUUAGCAUAAUAAUAAUAAUUUAUUAUUAUUAUUAUUAUUAUUAAGAAGUAAUUGCAGAAUUAUGAAACGGGUGGGCUUGUUUAUAAAGUGUAGUUUUAUGUCCAAACCGUAAAAGUGGACUGUAACGGAUCGACUGGGUACCUCCGUUAAAAGAUGCUCCUAGCGUUUCCUGAGGUCUCCAAGCACUCUGGCAGACACCACAAUCACUGAACUGGAGAAGCAUAUGAAUGUUGUAUACAGCCGAAUAGGAAAAAACAUGCAAAUAGGUUUACACUCCUAGCAGUCAAACUGGAACAGCAUACAAUAAAUCCUCCCCCAAUAAUGAGAUGACACUUCACUUUGAGGGUUAAGCAGGAACUCCACUGUAAUGGCCACAUACUGGCUUUUAUGCAAGUCCCCAUGCAAGGGGACAUCCCACAGGGUGGGACACAGUACAACCAAUCAUUUACAGGAGAACAGUAAAACACACCCAGCACAAACCUACAUCCCUCCCCUCUGCCUGUGAUAUAAUUACUGAACACAAUGGGUUAAUGUAAUUUAUCACAGGCAGGAAAAAUACACUUUUUAUACAUACACUGUAACUUUAAAAAUAUGCAUCAUAUUCACAUAAAACAUACAUUCAGAAUCGGCAUACUUUAAAUAUAAACAUAACCAAAAUUCAGCCAAUUCCAUCCAGGGGUUUAAAAGUUAAAGGAAAGUCCUAUUUGACCAAAUUAAGCAUGGCUUUUCUGCCCAAAACCAGUUCCACAGAGUCUUCUAUCCUGGAGAUAAUUGGGAAGUAAUCCAAUGAUCUCCAAGGACAGAGGCAAAACUCCAUUAGCCAUAUGGCAGACAAAGGACAAUAAAAGACAUAAAAAUACAUACGGUUACAUUUAUCACAUAGAACAUACACAUUCUACCUAUCCCCAGAUAGCUUAGAUCUGAGCGCACAUUAUUACCGGAUGGUGCUCAGAUCACAUACAUACAGUUCAAUCGCCAUGGAGCUUUCACUAUACGGCUGAGCUCCAUGGCAUAGCUAUCUGGGGUAGCAUGGCUUUAACAGUCCGCAGAAAGGUACGAAUAAACCUUUCUGCAGGUAAAAUAAGUUUCAAAUGCAGGACCAUAGUCUAAAGGGAGCAGGCGAGCAACCAGGACAGUGGACAGUGGCGAGGUUGGUCCCGCCACAUGGGCCAACUAGUAUGAACCUUGUUUUUGUACAAAUACUUCAAGUGUCACAUAACUGAAAUUGCUUGGAGCCUUGGACAGCAGUGAUUGAGUAUAAGCAGUAUUGUAAUUGUGUAAUCUACGCUCAUGUAGUGUAGUCUGCUGUGCAGGCAAUGUGUUACUUGGCAAUAUUAUUUCAUGGUGCUUGUAGAGCAUAGAGAAGUCUGCUGAAUUUGUAACCUGUUUGAACUAUUGCUUUUAAGGCAGACUCAAGGGCGAUUUAAGGGCAGUGCCUCAUAUUUGAAGGCAGAUUUACUCACUCUAGCUUGUUAACAGUGUGUGUGGCUAUAAUGUGAACUCAGCUUGCCUGUCCCACUAGUCUCGGUCUAGUUACGGUACAUUCACCUGUCAAGCACCUUGUCACACACUACCAACCACUUAACAUUCCAUGACACAUUCACAUACCUCCACCCAACUAGAUAACUUGAUAAUGUUUGUGAGUAAUGGUUACAUUUUGUGCUAUGAAAGCAAGCUGCAUUUGAUGAUCCUAAUACUAUUUAUAUAGCAGACUACAGUGUUCCAUGUGUAACCUGUUUAAUAGUAAAGUCUGCUAUGCAAGUAGUGCGUGUGGCUGUUAAUCAGUAACAUGCUAUCACACUUGUUCUGCAAUAUAUACAUAGGAUAGCCAGGCUCUAUACAGCAGUGACAGAUGUUCUUAAAAUUACUGUAUGUGCUUUUAAAUGCAGAAUCAAAUAUACCCUUUUUCAGUACUCAGGCAGCCAUAUUUACAUCUGGCAGCAAAUUCCCUUUUUUGCUUUUUGGAUUAAAUAAGGUUUGUUUACAUACUCUGGUGUCGUUUACAUCCAGUAGCUAACUGCUUGAAAUUUACUUAAAAUUUUACUUGUAUUUUGCCUGAUCCCUUGAGUUAUUUGGAUGAUCUGUCCAUGUUAUCUCUUCAGCCCAGAGUUUUUCCGACUUUGGUAGUAAUAGUGGCAGCACCCUUCGCAUUUCCACAUGGGUGACUGUUUUAGAGCUCUCUGCCCACUAAUUUAUGUGGUUAAUCUCUACCGUUGCAUCUAGUGUGACUGGAUACCCAGCAUCUGUCUCAGACUUCGUAGUGGAGGGUGCUGUGACUGUUAUCUCUCUUCAUGGAUCUUGUAAUUAUUUAUGUAUUUAUUUUGUUUUUGUUUUUUUGUUUGUUUUUUUUCUCAUCUACCUCGCAUUAUCUAGUCCAUUGUUAUUUAUUUUAUCAUUCUAUUUACUGUGGGAUAUUUUGAGGUGUUCUAUAUAAUAAACACCUAUUUUAUGUCUGUUAACAUUUGACAACUUAGUGGAUCUUCGCUUAAUUUUUUUUUAUUUGUAGAUCCUUACCUAACACAGUAUCGCAUAGGGGAUAUUGUCUUGUAAAAAUAUUUUAUACUUUGCAGCAUUGAGAAAUAACACUGUAUUUUAUAUUCUAUCUAACCUGAGUUUUUGUUGCGUUUGGAGAUGAGUAUUUCAACUUGAAUUUUAUUUUUGGUGCGCUCACAUGUCAAUUUAACGUGCAAGAAAUAUUGGUUUAAAGAAAGAAGAAAAAAAAAAAACUAAAUUGGGUAAAAGGAACAUCACUGAAUUAGCUACUAUAUGUAAAUACAGUUUAUGCGCAAAAAUCACUUAAUUGAUCAUUACCCCUAACUGUGAGUUUUGCUACAAGGUGUAAAGAAGGCUGCCUAUUUGUUAGUGUGUCAAUGUGCCUUUAGCUUGCAGCAUAUUCCAUCAUAACGUUAAUGGUCAGGGUCCGUAACCAGCACUUGUCAUUUGAAAGGAGCCAUUGAAUCAUUUGGUUGCAUAUCAUUCUGCAUAUCCUGUCCUACAUUAAACUGUUUUGUUUGUGGUAUGUUUAAACUUGGAUUUGCAUAGUGUCUGCCACACUGAAAGGGCCAAUGUUGCAUGAUCUAAGCAGCUGCAGAGGUAUAAUGAUGUAAAGGAGCAAUAGCUCAGAACAUUUUAUGGAUAUAGUUUGCUUUUUAUACUUGGUGACUUUAGAAGUGAACAUAUGGAUUUCUUUGCAGGCUGCAGAGACUGCCAACCUUGAGGAGCACUUUAAAGAAUGGGGUGAUGUUAUUUUGGUUGCUGACCGUGUCCUUCGUUGGGAGAAGCCGUGGUUUCCUGCCAUUGUGAUGGGAGCAGUUUCUCUUGUGUUUAUGUAAGUAAUGCUGUUUUGAUCUUAAUUCUUUAAUUCAAGUUUUCACAAGUUUAACCCCCUUAAGGACACAUGACGGAAAUAUUCCGUCAUGAUUCCCUUUUAUUCCAGAAGUUGUGUCCUUAAGGGGUUAAUAGGACAUUCUAGGCCAGUGAUUGCCAACCUAUGGCACAUGUGCUACAACACUCCUGUGGGUUUCGAUACUCAGGCAUUCAGCGCAAUGAACAGGAUUCUAAGCAUGUGCUCUGAUACCCUCACUGAGUGCCAGACUAGGAGAGGUGCAGAUCAUGCACUCUACAACUGGACCGUCAGGGAAUUCUUAUUAAGCUCACUGGACCACAAGGUAUUUAUUAUUAACCACCACCGAUAAAAAGGUAAUUAACUCCCACUGGCCCACCAGGGAAGUUGGCCUCCUCAAAAAAAGCAGGAGAGGGGACAAAACAUUUUUUCAAUUUGUAUUUUAUUAAUGCAAUUAAAGUGGUUCCUUCACCCCAAACUUGCCCAUUUCCCAUUGUUUCUUCUUCCCUUCCUCUUUCAGAAUCUGUUCUGUUUUUCAUCUAUUUCUCUUUAACUUUAUGCAUUUUCCUACACGUCAACACUUGACAAACGGUGGAGCUUAAGGCAAGCUUGAUUUCCUUUGUCAAAAUAACUUUUCCCACAAUACUUACCUUUCUAUCCAGUCCUUCCAUUGUAACAUUGUGAGACCACCUCGCAUCACUUUCAAUCUGGACUCCAUUUAACAUGUGCAGGAAUUAGAUCCCGUUGCAUACGCUGGGAAGAUGAAGGCAGAGUCCCUACUGUUAUGUCACUACUACAGCCACUAGUGGCUUCUAACAAAAUGAGUUCUUUAAUCUGUCUGAAGUUUGGUGUCUGCAUGUAAAGUGUACUGACUCUGGUUUUGGUCUGUGAGUCCAAUACUUUUCUUUGAGAAGCAUUGAGGAAAAACUUCUCUUGGUUUUGGAGACAUUCCUGACUGUUCGACCUUCUCUCAAUUUUAUUAUGUCUCCAGAACCCAUUGAUGUCAUUAUUUUUAUUAUAGUAUCAUCAUGUUUCUGUGUCUUAAUUUUUUACAAUAUAUAAUAUUGUUUCAUUUCUUUUCUCGCAUUAUCUAUAUAAUACAUUCAAAAAAUUAAAUAUAUAUAUAUAUAUAUAUAUAUAUAUAUACUAUAACAUUUAUCUAUCUAGGUCAGCACCAUCCUGGACAAGUAACAUUAUGCCCAAUAUUCUUUAAGGUCAAAGUGACUGUUGCUCUUUAAGAAGACAUACAGAAUUAUUCAGAAAGCCAUACUUGCCCCCAUAAUGAUAUAUAUUCCUCUAAAGUUCAUUGCACAAUAUUCUUUAAUACUUCAAGUCUUUGUAUGGUAAAGAUUAUUUUAAAAUGUAAAUGUUCCUGUUGCAGCUUGGUCUAUUACUUGGAUCCCUCUGUGCUCUCCGGUGUUUCCUGCUUUGUGAUGCUUUUGUGCUUGGCAGACUACCUUGUUCCUAUACUUGCUCCAAGAAUUUUCGGCCUUGGUCAAUGGUAAGUUUAGCAAUUGAAUUGAAACUGUUGCAGCCAUUUCAUUUAGCUGUCCAGUUAAAAUGAAAGUAAUGUGGUUGUUUUGCAUCCAUUUUAAUUGUAUUCUUACUAUUUUAUAUAUUUUCCUUCUUUGAUAGUUCUUGCUCCUGGAAUGUAGCCAGGAGUGAACCAGGUUCUUGAUAACCCUUGAGAAUGGCAAAUGUCUUAUUAAUUAACCAUUGAAAUGCCUUGUGUGCUUAAAGGACCACUGUAGUGCCAGGAAAACAUACCGCUGGGCUGGAUGGAAAGGAAGGGGUUAAAAUCUUACCUUUCUCCAGCGCCGGGCAGGGAGCUCUCCUCCUCCUCUUCGGCUGAAUGCGCAUGGAGCUGCGCGCGCAUUCAGCCAGUCUCAUAGGAAAGCAUUCAUAAUGCUUUCCUAUGGACGCUGGCGUCUUCAGUGAGAAGCACGCAAACACCUCUAGCAGCUAUCAAUCAGACAGCCACUAGAGGCUGGAUUAACCCAUUUAUAAACAUAGCAAUUUCUCUGAAACUGCUAUGUUUAUAAAAAAAAUAUAAAAAUGGGUUAAAUACCAUAAUAACAAUUUGUGUACUCCUUGGGACAAAGUAAACCUGUCCCUAAACUGCCACAAUAACUUGCGCAUCAAAACAGCAUAGUUGCCUAGCUUAUGUGUUUUAAAUCCAGUCAGUCAGUGGCAGCUGGCUAAAAAAAAUGUUGAUGCUGUGGUUCUAGACUCCAUGUCUUGAAUUUGAUUGUGCUCUCCAGGUAAUAUAUGAAACAUUAGUUUGUUUAAUUCUCUAAAUGUUAAAUUGUGGCACAGUAAAAGCUGAAUGGCAUAAUUUUAAGCAAAAAUCUUACAUGUGCAUACAUUGUGCCAUUUUAAUUCACUGCUGUUUAGAAUUUAGGGCAUAAACCCUGUGAUAAAGGAAAAGUGUAGGCACCAUAACCACGUCAACAGAGAUGCUCUGCUCUCUACAAUUCAGCCCCAUAGUAUGUCAUAACAAUUGAUACCAGAGAUUGGGGCAGUGAUUGUCAGAGCUCUCAUCUAACACUCUCAGCCAGUGACUGCCUGGUAGGGAUAGAGUGUGCUUGCCUCUUCUAUUUCAUCAUUGGAGAUCAGGCCACAUGCAUCUUUGGUUCGUGGUGAAUAAUCAGUCAUCUGGCUCUCACAGGUACAAAAUAACUUCCAUCAUUUUGUGCUUACUUUAAUUUGGACCUUUAAAUAUAAUCCUAGUGCCAUCUAGUGGUCAAAAUAUCAAAUUGCUAGACAGUACUAUUAAUAAAAAAAACUUCAUGGUUCACUACUGCCCAAAUAUAUUAAACUACUAAGCGAAUAUACCCCCAAUGAAAACAUUUGUUUGUGUGUUUUUGGUUUUUUUUUCAUUGGGGCAUAUCUUAAAAACAGCUUACUUACAAAAGCUGCCGAUCUCUUGCAUGCAUGCUCUAUGCAACUGCUUGCCUUUUGCGUUUAGAGCCACUGUAACAGGACCAGUUGCCAGACAGCCAGGAGGGUGUAACAAGGUUAAUUUAUCAGAGGUUUCAUAUAUAUUGAAAUCUGCACUUUUUAUAAAAUGGAUUAAAAAAAAAAAAAAAAAUAGGGCUCAGUGUUCAGGGAUAAGACAGUUCUUCAGGUGAGGGAUGAUUGGAAUGCAUCAUUAAUAAUGAUAAUGAUGAUGAUGAUAAAUAAAAUGCUUCUAGUAUAGUUCCUCCAUGUGCGUGCUUCUUAGUUGAAGUGUUAAUGUUUUUGCUGUCUAACUAGAAGGGCAAAGGUUUUUGAAAGUUUGUAUGAAGAACUAGAACCGUGUGAUGUGUAGAAACUGUUAAUACACCUCAAAUAAAACCUGUCUAAAGAUUAUGAAAUGGUUAUAUUGCAGAUUGACAAGCUUUCCCUUCAUAUUUUGGUGGUAGAAAGAGGAUCCAGGCACUACAAGUAUCUUCAAUUUUAUUAAUUUGGCUAAGUGAGACACCGCACUGGUCAAGCUGACAAAGACCCUUUCAGGGGUCGAAACUUUUUUUUUUUUUCAUAUUUUGUGAUAAAUUUUUAUAUUCGUUUACAUUUUUUUUUUUUUUUAAUAAAUGAAAGAAAAAGUCCUUUUUUAGAAGUAUAAUUGGAACCCCUGUGGACGAGCCCCAACUGACCUCCAAACUGUGUGGCUCAGCUGAGGUAUACAGCUGAUUAGUUUAAUGAUUUGACUGCCAGAUGGUAUUUGUUUCUAGGUAGAAUUAGCACAUCUCCCACCAAGGAAUGUUAGACCUCCGGUUCUCUAGCAUGCAUAGUUGCACUAAGAAAGACCAUGGCGCUUAUGCUGAAAUAUAUAGGGUUGAUCUCUAUAGUGGGAAUUGUUAGGAAUUCAAAGUGAAUUUGAAAUUCUAGGACAGGUUAGCUGAACUGGAAAAAAUCUCCAAGUCUGCAAUGCAGUUGAUCUAUAUUAUCCAGAAAUGCGAAUUUUGCUAUGUAUUCACAACAAUUCCCAGUUUCUGUGUUAUUCACUAACAUGAGCAUUGUAAGAAAUUCAAAGUCACUAUCAUAUUUAAAGAGACACAAUAGGUAUCCAGGCCCUUCAUUUCCAUUGGUGCCAUGUCCUUUUCGGUUUAACCAUGUAGUGUAAAACAUUGCUAUGCUGCAGGGUUUAAAUGCCUCUAGUGGCUGUUACACUGACAUCCACUAGAGCUGUUUCCGCAGAAAUAGCCACAUAAUUCUAUUUCUAUAAGACCAUCUGAUUAGCGCAGUGCCGCAUUAUACUGUACAUGUGAACUGGCCUCCCAAUGCUUUAAUAUGGGAAUAGCAUUAAAUUGGCUGAGAUCAUCGAUCUCGAUGAUCUCUGCCAAGGAGGCAGGGCCAACCGCUGACAGAGCAAAAGGGCGUGGGGGAAAAAAGUGAACUUCCGUUUUAACCCAUGGAGGGUAAUUUUAAAUGGUGACUAUGGCACUACAGAGUUAGAAAUAGGCCUAUGUAUUCCUAAUGCUAUAAUGUUCCUUUAGGGCAAAAAUAACUAAACUGGAAUAAUUCAGCUAUGCUUCCAGUUCAAUACUCUGGCAUAAUAUCUGAAAGGUACCUUAUAUAAUUACUGUAUAAUCAUUAUAAUUUUUUUUCUCUUGGAUUUUUUUGGGAAAUAAUUUUAUGCAUCGAUUUCUUCUGCCCCCAAGAUACAUUGAAUCAUGUCCUACAUAUUAUACCUUUUUGCUAUUCUAGGAGCACUGAGCAGCACCAAAGAUUCCAUGAGAUCUGCAGCAACCUUGUGAAAUCACGUCGAAGGGCUAUUGGCUGGUGGCAACGUCUCUUUGUCCUAAAAGAGGAAAAGCCAAAAAUGGUGAGAUUGUUUGGAAUGCUUGGCUUUAAUGUGAUAGUUGGGGGGGAAAGGGUUAAUGACGAAGAUAAAGUUAUAGAUGUACAUAAGCAUGAUAAAGGUAAUGUUAAUCCCCCCCCCCCUCUCUCUCUCUUUUCAGUAUUUUAUGUCUAUGAUAACUUUUCUUGCUGUGGUUGCUUGGAUUGGACAGCAAGUUCAUAACCUUUUCCUCACAUAUUUGAUUGGUAAGUUUGGGACUGUAUAAGAAUUUUGGUUUUGCCAACCAAAUACCCGUAUAUACUAGAGUAUAAGUCGACCCGAAUAUAAGCCGAGGCCCCUAAUUGGACCUCAAAAAAACGGGAAAACUUAUUGACUCGAGUAUAAGACUAGGGUGGGAAAUGCAGCAGCUACUGGUAAAUUUCUAUAUAAAAUUAGAUCCCCCAAAAAUUAUAUUAAUUGAAUAUUUAUAUACAGUGUGUGUAUGUAAUGAAUGCAGUGUGUGUGUGUGUUGCAGAGCCUUGGUGGGGAGUGUGAAUGUGUUUUUUUUUAUAUUAUGAAUAUUUUUAUUUUAUUUUGUAUUAUUUAAAUUUUUAUUUAUUUUAUUCCCCCCUCCCUGCUUGAUAGCUGGCCAGGGAGGGGGGCUCUCAUUCCCUGGUGGUCCAGUGGAUGGGCUGUGUAGGAGGUGGGCUGGCAGCAAGCUGUAACUUGCCUUUCCUGCAGCUCCUGUCAGCUCCCUUCUCCUCCACUGUAAGUAUCGCUGUCUGAGUGCCGCGCGGAGCAUUGCCACGGUAACCCGUGGCAACGCUCUGACCCUGCGGCUGUCGCGAGACUUACAGUGGGAGCUGACCGGAACGCAGGAGAAGGGAGCUGCAGGAAAGGUAAGUUACAGCUCUCUGCCAGCCCCCAACAGGACCGCCGGACUUGUAAUGAACCCGGCGGUCCUUGUCUGUAUUAUGGCAAUGUAAAUUGCCAUAAUACAGACAUUGACUUGAGUAUAUAAGUCGAGUGGGGCUUUUUCAGCCCAAAAAAUUUGCUGAAAAACUAUACUUAUACUUGAGUACAUACGGUAACAGUGUUUUAAUAACACUUGAAAGCCUUGCUGGAAUGCACCCCAAAAACUUACAUGUAAUUCAGCUGCAAGGCCAAGUUCUCCCUGUAGCCUGAUGCACCUUUCCUGAUGUAACUCGCACUUACACCGCUGGGAGGGAUGUCAGUCAGGGCUUUUACAGGUGCAGGGGUAUUGCCACCAUUGACCCUUUUGACAGCGUGCUCAAGACAGACAUAUUCAAUGCACAGAUUUAAGAUUAGCCGGACCAGAACUCUCGCUCCAGGUUUGCUGAUAAUGCGGCUAUGGGUGAGCUUUCCAGGUAUCUCUACAUUAGGGGUGUUUCAUACUGAAACACUGCACAUACAGACUCCUUGGACCAAGACCACUUUUAAUCUCUGAAGUGGUCAUGGUGUUUAGGGUAACCAAGAGUACUUUACACAAUGUUAACAAUCAAUUAUUGCUAUUGCUAUAUACAGAAGGAGCCCUGUUGGAUGUCCAAUAUUUAUAGCACUUUAUAUAUAGUGUUACGUAAGACUGGAGCCAGUACUGAAGAAUAUUCCUAACCUUUCCUGUUUACAAGCCAUUUUACUGCAUCAGCGUGUGCUGAGCAUCCUUUUGGUGCACACCCCUGGGCGCUUUCACUUAAAGUAAUAGACCUUCUCCGUGACUUUGCUGCGGUAGGAGAGGUAAGCAGUACCAAAGGAGCCCGUUCAACCAAUGACACUCCUGGUACCAUAGCCACUGGAGCAGACUAUAGUGGUUAUGGUGCUCUGGAUCUCAUGGGAAACCUCCUGUGUCAAAGAUAGUGCCCAAGUUUGGUAAUUAUUCCACCUACAUAUCAACCAAGCAAAGGAAGUGUGUGCUGGUCUUAUUUGGAUCUUUUUCUAAUAAAUAUAGGGGUAAAAGCAUUCUCAAAAAUAGGUUUACUUGAAUUUUAUUAUAUGUGGGAAUGCAGGGCUGCAGACACCCAAGGAACCCAGAUAAGUUGUCAAACUGUUCUUAAAAUAUUUGACAAAUUACUUUUGGGAGGGUGCCAGAGCGCUACUGCCACCAUAAGCACUAUAGUGAACUGCAUUAAUUAUGGUGCUUGCUGUGUUCCUUUUAUUCUAGCUUUGGGGACCUCAUGGGAAACCUAAUCUGUAAAAGCUGGUCUUCUUCUGAUUGAUCAUUACUCCACCCACAUAUCAACCCAGCUAUCUGGUUUUAUGUUUUCUUUUCUGUCAUUUUUGGUUAUUUUUCUUUUUCUUUUUGAUUUUCUUCUUCAUAUAAAAAGGUCUACUUUAAAUAGCCAAGAUGUGAGCAUGCAGCAUUUGUAGUGGGAUACUGUUCUAUGUGAAGCCAUUGAUGCGGUUAUCCUUUAAAUGACAUCACUUAUUUCCUUCCAGUGAGCUUUUUACUACUGCUUCCUGGUCUGAACAAACACGGGAUAAUUACAAAAUAUGCCGGAAUGGGGAAACGAGAAAUAAACAAGCUCCUUAAGUUAAAGGAAAAGAAGAACGAAUAAAACAAGGAUUGCCAGAUUCAACAAUGCAAUCUUCCAUGGGAGCAUUUUUUUAAUUUUCCCUUCUGUCUAAUAUUUGUGUUUUGGGGAUAUUUUCAUGCUACUGUUCAUUUCCUCAAUAACUGCCAAUGCUGUAUCUUUUUAAACUGGUUGCACUGAAACUUAAUGUUUGUUUUGGUGAACAAAGAGUUAAUAUUCCUUGAAGAGUGUGUUUAAAAAAACAAAACAAAAAAAACUGCUGUAUUUGUGGGUCAUUCUUUGUCUCAAAAAGAAAAAGUGUUGAAUGCAAGAUCUUUGUUUUACCUUUACCACUUUUUUAUUGGUUUUUCUCCUUUUGUAAAUAUGUUUUUCCAUGUGUUUUCUCUUUCUGUAUACAAUGCACUUUUUUUUUUCCCCCCCUUAAUAUUUGUCUUCCGAAUGCCAGUGGAUGUAAUAAAAUGUAGAAUGUUAAAUGUUACGUUUCCAUGUAAUUUUUUUUUUUUUUGCUUUUUCCUUGUAAUAAGUCAAACUUAAAUCUUUUCAAAGACAUGACCUAAAGAAAUAGACAAAAAUAUAUAUAUUUUCCUUGUGUUCUUGUAUAUCUUUAGAUUUAUAAGUCACUGUUUUAAAAAAUUAUAUAUUAAAUAUAUAUUUUUAUAGCGCAAUCAAAUUCCGUAGCGCUGUACAAUGGGUGGACUAACAUA